AUGAUCUUCUACAUCCACACAUCACAUAUCCAAUUGAAAUCUCUCUUCUACUCUCUUCAUUCUCAAGUUCCUUUCAACCCCAACGGCGUAGUUAUCCAAGAGCGAAGGCAAAGGGCGCCAGGUUUAAUCGCAGUCUGUUUGCUGCCCAAUAUCUAUAACCAAGAAUCAUCCAUCUUCUCUGCUUGCAUCCAUCUGGUCAAUGCCAUGGAGUCUACUGGUGCUCCUUAUACUCUUACUGCCGCUCAGUUUGCUGGGCAGGUCAACCUACCUAACCGUGAUACUGCACAGCGUCAAGCCCAGGUAGAGCGAGUUCUUUUGUCCUUUGAACAAGCGAAGAAGCAAAUGUCCGAGGAAGGCAUCAGAGAGGUCUAUGAGUACCUCAAGCCUGGAAAAUGGAUCCAGUCCGCUCGUUCGGCGACUGACCAUACAGCAUAUAGGAGGUUUCUGGGCAAGGCCGGCCUCAGAAGUACACUCUACUACCCACAAUUCUUUGUCAUUCAGGCUAUAUAUGUCGAUUUUGGAGGGCAUAAUCCCGAAGCCAUCUACUGGCUUUAUCGAGACUUGUCCGAAUACUGGGGCAUGACUAUUACUACAGAUCGGCCUUUUUAUCCGCGUCUUGAAGACUCAGAGAAGGAGCGUCGCCUGAUUCGGGCAUGCUAUUAUGGGCAGAACGAUCAAGCCGGGAACCAAGUCAUCGACACAAUCCAAGGAAAUAUCGCUGCUCACAACAGCAUUAACAACAACAAUGACAACACAGACCCUGACUCUGACAAGCAAAAAGCCUUGGACGGUCAUAUCAGGGCUGUUUCAAAGCUCUCAGCAGAGCUUAAGAAUGAGGCUGAAGAAAAGCAACGACGCGAAACGGACUUACGAGGACAACUGGAAACCUUGAACCAACAAAACCUCGACCUGCAACGACAGAUUCAAGAUGAAUCCGAUCUUCGACAGAAAGCUGAGAAAGAACUAAAUGAGAAUAAAGUCCAGUUACAGGAUACACAGCAUCAGCUUCAGGAUACACAGCGUCAACUUCAGAACACACAAGGUCAGCUGCAGGUCACACAGGAUCAGCUCAGAAUUUCACGCAAAGAUGCCAGUACAAUGGAAAACAAAAUGAGAGACAUACAAAACUGCAUCAACCAGCACAACCAGCACAACCAGCUUUCAAUGGAGAUACGAGAACUCGAUAAACAGCGCAAGGACAUAAGCGCUAAGAGGCAGCAGUGCAUUAACAGCAUGGCUGAACACAGUCGUCCCCGGGUCGAGGGGUUUAACUCGGCGAACAAGCGUCCCGUUGCUGGAAUUGCAGAUGGCGAAGAGUCCAAGCGGCCUCGUCAGGAAUGA